CCUAUAAACUGCGGAGGAGCCAGUAGCUAAGACUGCUACCUAACUAACUCUCAACCAUGGCCUCAAACGAAGAUUUCUACACCACCGAAGACCCGGGGAUCCCGGUAGAUCUGAAAGACAUCAAUGUGGAGCCCCUUCCUAUGGAGGACAUUCCGAUUGAAAGCAUUCAGUACGAGGAUUUCGCUGGCAAUUGGGUCCACGGUGGCCACAACAACCCGCCUCUGCUCACGGUGCAGCCGCUCUUCGGGAACCUGGGCUAUGGCGACCACGACCAGGAAAUGAUCCUGGUGCAGACACAAGAGGAAGUGGUGAACUACUGCACUUCAGGCAGUGUGCCAGGCAAUGAUUCCGAGGACCAGUCGGUCGUUCCGGAUAGCAGUGAAGAUGAACACUUCCAGCAGACCCUGGCCUCUCUGGCAGCCUCGGCGGCAUCGACAUCAACCCAAAGCCGCAGCAGAAAGCGCAGCAGAAAGCCCAGCCAAAAGGCCAGCGACAGUGGUGCCACCAGCACUGAGGCCAAGCCGGCAUGCAGCAGCCCCAACGAAGGCAGUGAGAAGUGGGAUCCGAAGCAAGUGCAGAUCAAAACGCCCAGGGGUGAGUUUUCCGUGACUAUGCGGUCCCCUAGUGAUAACAAUGACAAAGGGACAGUGGGUGAAGGCCGGGCUGAUAACUCACCCGAUUAUUCCGAGUACAUGACAGGGAAGAAACUUCCUCCUGAAGGAUUACCAGGAAUCGAUCUCUCAGAUCCCAAACAGCUGGCGGAAUUUACUAAAAUGAAGCCCAAAAGGUCCAAAGAAGAACCUCCCAGAACAGUCCCUUGCGCUCAUAAUGGCUGCGGAAAGAUGUUCAGGGAUUACGCCGCCAUGAGAAAACAUCUCCACGUCCACGGGCCCAAAGUCCACGUAUGUGCAGAAUGCGGCAAAAGUUUUAUUGAGAGCUCAAAGCUGAAACGACAUCAGCUGGUUCACACGGGCGAGAAACCCUUUCAGUGCACAUUCGAAGGUUGCGGGAAACGCUUUUCCCUUGAUUUCAAUUUGCGCACACAUGUGCGCAUCCACACCGGCGACAAGCCCUUCGUGUGCCCUUUCGAUAUUUGCAAUAGGAGAUUCGCCCAGUCAACCAACCUGAAAACGCAUAUGUUAACGCAUGUGAAGAACAAAAACAGCCAGUGAAAAGGAGACCUCUCUCAGACUUGGGAAUCAUCUUCCAGGCUUCCAGGACUGUGGUAGGGAAUAAAUAUGCCUCUCAAAGCUUUAUAUGUUUUUCUAAGAGUUUUAAACGAUGAAUGCUACACAUCUAAGGUUUGGGUUUUCUUAGAGUAGUAAAAUGCAAUUUAAAAGUUUUUUAAAAAGUAAACCUUGACAUAAGAUAAUAUUGCUGAGAUGUGGUAGCUUGUUCUGUAACAACGUUUUUGUAAAGUUUGGUCCCAACAGGAGAAAAAUUUGUGGACUUCACAUCAAGAGACAAUGCUUACAAACUGCAUUUAAAAUGGGACUUUUCACAUUCUUAGAAAUAGGAAGUUCAUUUAUUGUUUACAAUGUUUUAAAAAAAUUUUUUUUAAUUUAAAAUGUUCAUGUUUAUACUUUAAGGAAUAUGCUUAAUGAGUCUGGUUUUUCUGGAGGUUGAUAACUUUGGGAAAGAUUUACAUUAAAGGAGUGAACAAUUAUAUGCAUACACGAAAUAUUUUCCUGCUUAAAAAAGUUAUAUGGGUGUUGCUGGUUUUAAUUUUGGAUGUAUUCUUGGAUGUUACCAUAUUUUGCAUUUUAGCUGUAUUGAGUUAUGUAGUAUUGAUAUUAGGGGAUUUAGUAGUAUUACUUUAAACCUAUUUUAGUCAUUUUAUUUUCCCCCAAUAGUACCAGAUGUUGUUGUUUAGCGUAAUUUCUUUGCCUGUUCGAUUAAAGUAGUGCCCAGUUGUAGAAUAUAUUGUUUGUAUCUUGACUUUAACACUUAAGAAGUAUAUCCUGUGUAAUAGAGCAAAAUAAAAUACCUCUUCUAAAGGAAAAAAGUAGUUUGCCUAUAUCGAUAUAGAAGCUACAACUAAAGAAAAGGGGGAGGGUGCUACCGGUGGGUGGAGGGAGAUCAGGAAUUGCACUCAACAUCCUAUAAUGCACAGACAGCCCCACAAAAUAAAUGAUAAUUUGGCCAAAAUGCCAAUAGUGUCGGGUGCAGGGGCUCACGCCUGUAAUCUCAGCACUUUGGGAGGCUGAGGCAGGUGGAUCGCUCAAGCUCAGGAGUUGGAUAUAAGCCUGGGCAACAUGGCAAAACCCCAUC